AUGGCCGACAUCGACACGUCCAAGCUCACCUCGUCCGCCCAGAUCUUCUCUCCGAACAAUACUCUCCCCCAGAUUCGCGCCAUACACAAAAGCCUCCAUGUUGCAAUCGAAGAAAAAUCGACCCGUCUGCGCACGCAGGUCGGGAGCUCAUAUCGUGAUCUUCUCGGUACAGCGGAUACCAUCGUGCACAUGCGCGAUGACAACGAUGUCGUCCAGGAGCUUCUAGGCAAGAUGGGUGGCCAGUGUGGGAGAGCUGUGAUUGGCGCCAAAGCUACGGGCCUUGCCAACUUUGUCGCAAAGGAGAACAAAUCCACAGCAUCUAUUACAGCACGCUUGAGACUUCUUGACGCCUGUGUACUGGUUGUAGGACGAAUACUGAAGGGUGGUGGUGGACUGGGUGAUAAUAUCAAGAGGGGAGAUAGACUGAUACUCUCUACCAAAAUUCUUGUUCUCAGUCGGCUUUUGAUCAAGAGUUUGUUAGACGAUGCCACUGAUGCAAGCAGUCGACGAGCUAUUGAAGUCGCCAAAACAUCCGUUAGCAAGUUGCGACGAAGACUACUAAGGAACGUGGAGAAAGUUUUCGAAAGAGCGGGCGACGAGACAGAAAGGGAAGAUGUGCAGAAAGCACUGUGUGCCUACAGCUUAGCCACCAGCUCCGGUGCGAAAGACGUGCUACGACAUUUUCUUCACGUGCGAGGAGAGGCAAUGGGCCUUGCUUUUGACGUGGACAGUAAUCGCAAAACCAGCGCCGAGGAUGUUGUCCAAAGCCUAAAGUUGUACUCAAGAACGCUCCUUGACGUACAGGCUUUGGUACCGGGCCGUUUAUCACUGGCUCUAUCCGGGCUGAAAAGCCAUCCAUUGCUAGCCGACCCAAGUCUGAAGCAGCUUGAAGGACUGCGAUUGGACAUUUACGAACGGUGGUGCGAUGAAGAAAUCCAGUACUUCACACCCUUUGUAAGACACGAUGACCUUGACGGAAGCCAAGCUCGCCAGAUGCUGUCUACAUGGUCAGAGAAGGGUUCCGGAGUUCUACUCGACGGUCUCAGGAAAACUCUGGGUACAAUGUCAGAAUUCAAGUUGAUCAUGGAACUUCGAACAAAUGUUCUGGAGCUCUGGGUUCGAGACGGUGGUAAGGCCAAAGGCAUCGACCCAUCGGAAAUGCAGGACUCUCUGCGUGAGGCUAUUAACUCACGCAUGCUUGAGGUUCUGGAUACCAAGGUCAGCAAGCUUCGCCUAGUCGGCUCCGAAGUAUCUGCCGCUCUUGGAAAAUGGAAGGACGGCAUCACUGAUGAGCACGUAAGCAUCUGGAACGAGGAAGGUUACGACGAAGCUCUUUCUGGUGGUGCUGCACCGUUCGUGCAGGAGGUUGUGUCUCGUCUCUAUGGCCGCAAUGAUGCUGUUUCCAAGGCGGCCCAUUCAUAUAAAUCGUGGUACCAUGUCAUUGAUGAUGUCAAGGAAGUUGUUGAGCAGCUUAGACGGCAACGCUGGGACAAUGAUUAUGACGAAAUCGAGGACGAAGAAACGAUCGAGGCUAGACAAAAACUUUUGAGCAAAGACGAUCCGCAGAUGCUGCAGGAGAGGCUCGAUACUACACUUGACAAGUCUUUCAAGGAGUUGGAAGAUCAGAUACAAGGCUUAUGGAGCGAGCGAGCCGAGUCGUCAAAGAAUGGCAGGGUCGCCAUGUACUUCCUCCGCGUUAUGCGAGACAUUCGACAGCAGCUACCAGAUCGCCCAUCUAUCAGGACGUUUGGCCUCAAGAUUGUUCCUUCGCUACAUGAGAAUGUGGCGAUUGCUGUUUCAAAAUCUGCGCUGGAUGAAUUUGCUGCUCAGGGGGUCACCCAAAGGGUUGUGGUGGGUAGGCCGCUCUGGGAUGGAGAGCCAGCACUGCCAAAUCAGCCCUCACCGGAGGUUUUCCAGUUCUUAAGGUCAUUAUCUUUGUCGAUGUCGGAUGAAGGGGUUGACCUGUGGACGAAAGCGGCCGUGUCGGUAAUGAAGAGGCACUUGACCCAACGGCUGUGUGAAAUGUGGGAGAAAUCACUGGCAGAGAAUUCUGCCGAGGAAACGGAUGUGUCUAACAAGCCGGACGAUGACGAUGGCGAGCCGAAGAAGGAUGAUCAAGACACCGAGAAAGAGGACGAGGAUGGUGCCGAGGAAAAGGAUAGCGAUGCCGAGAUAUCAACGGGGGAUGAAAUCCCUGGCGACAAUGACACGAACUCUGGACUAAGCUUUGAGCAGAAAGCAGAUCUCUUGACGCAGUGGCUUUUUGAUAUCUCUCUCUUGCGACAUUGUAUUAGCAAUGUAGAGCAAGAUUCGAGCGACUUAUUUCAAAAGCUCGAGGACAAGGUUUAUCAACAGUCCAAGCUGAGCAAUGCAACAGCAAGGCAGCGAAUCUCCAAAUCGGCCAACGACUUCUGGCAACGAACAAGCUUACUGUUUGGUCUACUAGCAUAA